AGACAACUCGAAAGUAUAGGCAAAGUAUUCUGUAAAAGAGAAGACACUAGCAUCAAAAUCUAAUAAUGGGAGACCCAAUCUGGAGAAGAAACCAAACUAGGAGUCGACUCCGUGCUCAGAUUCAGAAGAAAAGGGAAUCUUUGGCUGACCAGUUUGACUUCAAGAUCUACAUAGCCUUUGUUUUCAAAGACAAAAAGAAGAAGUCUGCGCUGUUCGAGGUAGCUGAAGUGGUACCAGUGAUGACCAACAGCGAUGAAGACCAUAUCCUGAAAGGUGUGCAGGCUUCCAGCUACUCCCUCCAGAGCUCCAUGGAACUUCUGCAGAAAGAUGUCGUGCAGUUGCACGCCCCACGCUACCAAUCAAUGCGAGAGAGAGAUGUCAUAGGAUGCACCCAGGAGAUGGACUUCAUCCUGUGGCCGCGUAAUGACAUAGAGAAGAUAGUCUGUCUCUUGUUCUCCAGAUGGAAGGGGGCCGAGGAAGAACCCUUCAGGCCUGUUCGGGCCAAGUUUGAGUUUCAUCAUGGAGACUACGAGAAGCAGUUGUUGCAUGCUGUCGGCUGGAGGGACAAGGCUGGAAUGGUUAUGAACAACCCGACUCAGUCGGUCUUCCUCUUUAUGGACCGACAGCACUUACAGACUCCUAAAACCAAGGCCACAGUUUUUAAGUUGUGCAGCCUUUGCCUGUACCUUCCCCAGGACCGGCUAACGUGCUGGGGCGUUGGCGACAUCGAAGACCAUCUCCUCCCGUACAUGCCUGACUAGGCCCAGCCGGCCGCCAUGGCUUUCACCCACAACACAAGGAAGAUUGACCCACAAGCCACUGAAGCAAG